AUACACUAAAAAUGCCCGAAUAUGUUUCACUUCCGCAUGUACAGAUAAAUGCAGUAAAUUUGAAUUUCCAAUUAAAUUGAUAAAUAAUAAUGAAGAGAUGCCCGCAGAGCUAAGUGAAUUGCUGUGUCGCGCUUGUCUAAAGCAAGACGAGCUAUUGGUGGACAUCUACGAGCAUGUGGAGGAGCAGCAGACAGACUUAUGCACAUUGCUCGAACGCUGUGGCGAAAUUAAAGUGGAUAAGUGGGAUGCAUAUCCAAAGUAUUUGUGCCAGGAGUGUACAAAGGAGCUGCUCAUCUCUGCCAAGUUCCGCGACAAAUGCGCAGCAACGGAGGAAGAACUGCGGAAAAGAACUGCAGAGCGGUUGGAGGAUGAGGAGGCAGCAAUGGCUAUAAACGUGCUGGGAGCCGAGGACCUGGUGGUAGAUGAAGAUGAAGAGCAGACCAUAAGUGCAGAUGAUAUAAUUGAAUUCGAUCCCAGUGAGAAUGUUGAGUUCUACGAAGAAUGCGAGACGGAGGAGCCAACAGAAGAAACAGUGCUGUCUGUGGAUACAUCAGAUAAAGAGAAGCGACUAGAGAAACCAUCAUAUGCCAACUUCAGUUGCGAUGACUGCGGCGCAAGCUUUCACCAGGCGGCCACGUUGCAGCGGCACCUCGGCAAAGUGCAUCCCGCUGCAGAGAUAUUCAGCUGCACUCGAUGUGACCAUGGCUUUACACAGCAAAUCAAUUUGGAGAAGCACAGCUGCAGUGGAUCCGAGGCACCUGCCCCUGAUAUGCGUUCACGGCAUCGUUGCACGCACUGCGGCAAGUGCAUGCAGUCCGCAUCCAGCCUAAUCAUUCAUUUGCGCCUUCACAAUGGAGAGCGACCCUUUGCCUGCGACGCUUGCCCGAAGACUUUCAAAACAAACGGCGGACUUGUAAUCCACCAAAAGCGGCAUCUGAAGCUCCUGGAAUACGAGUGCGAGUACUGCGGCAAAGGCUUCGUGGAGUCCAGCAAUCUGCGCCGGCACAUUGCCUCAUUGCAUACGCAGGAGCGACCACACACCUGCACCGUCUGCCAGCGCACCUUUUCCCGCGUCUAUCUGCUUGAGCUGCACAAGCGCACUCACACGGGCGAGCGCCCAUAUGCCUGCUCUCACUGCGAUCGCAGCUUUGCCCAGUUGAGUGUGCUCCGCACUCACGAGCGCAUCCAUUCGGGCGAGCGGCGCCACAGCUGCAGCAUCUGCCAGAAGACCUUCAGUCGCCUCAUUCAGCUGAAGAGGCAUCAACUCAAGUCCUGCCAGUCUGCGGCUACAACAGCCUCUGUAGAGCUCCGUUCCUAGCUCGUAGAUUACAUAUACUAGAAUGAUCAAUUGAGCUCAAGCUACUGGGCAAAUACAUUGCAAUUAACUAGGUUUAAGUUGAACGUUUUGUUAACCUAAGAGCAAACAAUGUUACUUAGUCGUCAAUCAAGAUUAGUUUUAAAGUCAAUAUUAAAUAUUUUGAAUACAUUGGACGUAUAGUAAGAUUAAUGUACUUUUAUUUAAUACAAUAUUUAUUUAUAUUGAGAUAUUCAGCUAUUCAUAAAAGUCAAACAUUAAAGAUGAUAUGAUUAUUUAUUAAUAACCAA